AUGUCAAGCAUGUAUCAGGACCGUUCUGGCUCGCGGGGCACCACAUCGUCCGACAGAAAGCAUAAACACCAUAAAGGCACCGGCAAGCCUUCCAAGUCUAGGGCUUCCGAAAAGAGCAGCAGCGGACUUUCGUGGCCCACCAACGCGGAAGUGAGCUUUCUUUUCGUUGUGAACCAGUUGGAAAUCCAGUUCGGCGAGGACGAGGACCCUUGCGGUUCAGGCAUGCGAAGGGAUGAAUGGUUGAAUGUGCUCCCCCCGGAGAAUCCCAUGUUCUACGUACCGGAGGGCCCGCAUCAUGUUAGCCAGGUUAUGAGAUUCAGGAACGGAGAAGUUACGGCUGCUGGUCCUGCUUACCGUUGGGUACGCCAGCAACAGUAUGGUGAAGGCUGCAUCACGAUGGCGGCGGGUGGCAACGAAUAUGCACUAUCCAAGUAUAAGUCAGCCUCCGUUUUCUCCUGCAACCCGUCACUGCCCAUUAUUACCCUCGAUGGCGAUGCAAGGGUGAAUACCGCCCCCGAAUUUCACCCACUGCAAUUCUAUCAUGUGGUGAACAGUGACACGGGCGUUUCUCAGGCAGCGUUCUCUGGGCAUAUUUUCCAACCUGCCGCUGCGCAGUCCGACCGUUCUCCCGUUCCAGCAAAGUUUGUGGCAGGCAUAAACGCUAGCUGGAUCGCAAGCUUAGUUCCUGACAUUUGCCGCAAACGUUAUGGGUCAGCGCAGUCCAUCGGGCUUAGCGGCCAACUUGGCAUCGUAAUCGGUUUGAUGGCAUUCCAUGCUAGAGACGGUCGUCGAACUAUCAAUGAGGUCUUCCUCGGACGUGAAGGACACGGAGGACUAUGGAAGGGCUAUCGCUGGCGAAGCAAUUCCCUACCUAUUGGUUACCCGGAUUCCGAGCUCGAAACUCCUCGCGGUUAUCUUGUGCACAUUUGUCUGGACCCUGAGAACCGAGUUGGCUCUACGGAAGAGACGCUCUCGAUGCUCGAAUGGAACAGCAUCCUCGUUCAGGGGUAA